GCACGACAGCACGGCAGCGCGUAUACCGUCAGCACACCUCCGCUCUAACACGAGCAAGCCCCGACGCUGCGGCGCAUGCCACGCGCGCUGAGUACAGCAUUACAGCAUUCACAGAACGUGCUGCCGUUCAGCCUCGCCUCCCCUCGCGUCUCGCAUUGCAUCGCCGGUCGGCGGACAGCGCCAGCGCCAGCGCCAGCGCCAGCGCCAGUUCCAUCCCAGCACCCAGGCCCCAGGCCUCGCGGAUAGUAAUCGUCACCAAAACGGCCAUCUGCUAGUACCGUCCCGUCCACUCUAUGCGCAGCGCCUGGUAGCAAACGCCCGCCCAUAUCCAAUUGCACACCAUGGGACGCCGUAAGAUCGAGAUUAAGCCGAUCCGCGACGAUCGCAACCGCAGCGUCACCUUCCUCAAGCGCAAAGGCGGUCUGUUCAAGAAGGCCCACGAGCUCUCCGUGCUCUGCUCCGUCGAUGUCGCCGUCAUUAUUUUCGGGCACAACAAGAAGCUCUACGAGUACUCGUCCUCCGAUAUCAACGAGAUUGUCGGCAGGUUCCAAUAUUAUGGCGGCGCGCACGAGCACAAGGGACCUCAGGACUUCGCAGACAAGGGCGGAGGAGGCGAUGACGAUGACGAUGAAGACGGCGGAGACGAUGUGGGUGGAGAAGAGCAUCGAGGGACACCGCAGCCCGAUCACGCGAUGAUGGGACACCCACAACCCGGCAUGGCAAAUCACCCUGGCUUUCAACAUGUACGCCACGGAACACCUCACGCCUCGCCGCCCAUGCACAAUGGCCAGAUGCCGCAAUUUCAGCGCGGUCCAUCGCCUCUCCCGCCAGGAAUGUCAAGACCGUCUUCGAGAAACGCACAACAUCCAGCACAGCAGCAUAUCCGCCGAACCAGCUCUAACCUACAUCUGCAACCACCUGGUCAACCUCAACCACAUCAAUCGCCGAAUCUUCAGCAAGCACGUCCAUCGUCAUCCCCGCAACCGCCGCAACACCCGUUUGCAAGCCCUCACAUGCCGCAGCCGAAACCGUUACCAGCACAUGCCAAGUCUCAUAGCAUAUUCACGCCAAUUGACGAUAGUAGAUCAAUGUUGGCGCAGCAUUGGGGACAAAGUCAUGCAGAAGCGCCACGCUCGGAUCCUCUUAUCAAGGUUGAAGAUGGAGAGCCAAGAUCUGCUUCCAUAGAUGUUGCAGCAUUGCAGAGGCAAAAUGGCACUCCGACGAAUGGUCUCUCGCCACGUCCGCCUCCAUCAGUACCGCCGCCAGCUUCAGCAGCGAAAUCACCACCGCCUCCACAGCGAACGGCCAGCACGCCGAGUAUCCCAGCACCUCAGCGCUCUGCAAGUCAAUCGAAGCCUAAACUAAAAGUGCAGAUCCCUAGCGAGCAGUCUGGAGAUGAGGCAGCUACAGCGGAGUCUGGCCAAGGGGACGAAUCGAGUGCGCCAACUGGGAAUACUGGAAGUGGAAGCGGCAGUCAGCAAGGCCCCUCUCACGGUGUCGUCCUCCCUCCGCCAUCUCCUAGCGCAUCGGCACUAUUAUCAGCUGGAGCCCAAGGACCGCCGAAUCCCUUCGCCAGACCCGCACCACCCAUGAGCACGAAUCCACACGCCGCGAAUCGAGAGGUCAAUAGCAACAUCGAGACACCGAUAUCAGCAUUACCCAGUAGGUUCAUGAGUGAUAAUCUACUGCCUUCGCCGUCGACGUUCUAUCCGGAAUGGGGUUUUGGAAGGACUGGUGAUAGUAACAUGUUGCCCUCUCCCCUGAACUUCCAGACGCCUGUCGCGCCCAACGGGUCAGGUUGGCGAGAUGAGGAGCGGAAACGUGGUGCCGACGAGCAGGAAGGCGGCGAUCCCAAGAGGACUAAAACAUAGACGAUGCAGCGUUUUGCGGGAUACGAUGUUCGGGACUUACAUGAAGGCACGUCUGGAUUCAAUAGCGAGCUGCACCAGGGAAAUUUGGGAGGCGAGGCCAUUUCAUUUGCAAGACUAAUGUGUGUGUGUGUGUGUGUGUGUGUGUGUGUGUGUGUUUGUUUGUUUGUGUGUGUAUGAGUGUGUGUUGAAACCAUCACAACAGUGUUAGGGAGGGAUAGGUUGUUUGAAGUUUUUUUUUCGCCCAACUGAAAACAUCAUUUGCAGGAGUUUCAAAAGGGAUGGGAUGGGAUGGAGAUUUUGUGGCAUAUAGAUAGAAAUAUCUGAUCAGAAGAAGCCCGAAGAAGAAAAAUUCCUAUUUAUAGCUAAGUUACGCAUCGUAUCGUAUCGUAUCGCCUAGUUAGAGAAGGAAAGCUAGAGUCUAG